AUGAACAACAGAAACAAUAUUGUUUUUAAAACCUUAUGUGGUGAAUCAGCUAAUGUUGAUAAAGAUUUGUGUCAAGACUGGAAAUCAAGGCUUCCAAUCAUUCUGGCCGGCUAUGAAGAUCGUGAUGUUUAUAACUUAGAUGAGACAGGACUUUUUUUCCGUGCCUUACCUACCAAAAGUUUAGUUGAGAAAGCAGAAGUGGCCAAAGGAGGAAAACAAGCUAAACAGAGGCUCACUGUGUGUUUUUGUGCUAAUGCUGCUGAUUGCGAUAAAAAUUCAUCACAAAUCAUUCAAUCUAUAACAGUAUUAGAUGCCAUUCGGUGGAUUAGACACGCCUGGGAAAAUGUAAAAGGACAGACAAUUGUAAAUUGCUUUAAAAAAUGCGAGCUAAGCAAUACAGCUUUAGAGGCCACUAUCGAUGCAGCUGAUUUAGAAAAUGAAGUGGUUGAACUUUCAAAAGCUGCUGCAAUUCAAUAUGACCCAAAUUCAGAUAAAUAUGAAAAUGGGCUAGAAUGUUACGAUGAUUUAUCGGAAGAUUGA